AUGGAUGUCACCUCAUCCUCGCCGGCCUUCGCCAUCGCAAGCAGUGACGGCGGCACGGGCAGCCGUUUCGCCCGCGCCGUCACCAUUGUUGCUGGUGUUGCUGCUCUGGUCGCUACCAUCCUGACCUUUCUAUCAACAUGGCUCCAAAGCAAAAACUAUCGCAAGCCGCUUCUCCAGCGCUAUGUUAUUCGCAUCCUGAUCAUGUCCGUCCUGACCUGCUUCCGCACUUGUCCUUCUCUUACUCACCUGUGCCAGGNNGUGCCCAUCUACUCGGCCUCGUCAUGGGCCAGUCUCGUCUCUCUCAAGGCCGCCUUCUGGAUCGGUCCCUUCCGUGAUGUCUACGAAGCCUUUACCCUCUACGCCUUUUUCCAACUCCUGAUCAACUUCCUCGGCGGCGAACGAUCCCUCAUCAUCAUGAUGCACGGCCGAGCACCCGUUUCGCACCUCUGGCCCAUGAACCAUUGUCUCCCGAAAGUCGACAUCUCCGACCCCCAUACCUUCCUCACAAUCAAGCGUGGCAUUUUGCAGUAUGCAUGGAUCAAACCCUUGCUCGCCAUAUCGACCAUUAUCAUGAAGGCCACCAACACCUACCAGGAAGGUUACAUCGGUGUCACGUCUGGCUACUUGUGGAGCGGCAUAAUAUACAACAUUAGCAUCACUCUGAGUCUGUAUGCUCUCGCUCUGUUUUGGGUCUGCAUGUCACAGGAUCUGAAGCCCUUCCGCCCCAUGCCCAAAUUCUUGUGCAUCAAGGGUAUCAUCUUUGCCUCUUAUUGGCAGGGCUUCUUCUUGUCCAUCCUCGUCUGGCUAGGUGCCAUUCCAGAUGUCAACUCGGAAUACUCGGCAGAUAAUGUUGCCGCCGCCAUCCAGGAUGCUGCCAUCUGUUUCGAGAUGCCCAUCUUCGCCAUAGCGCAUUGGUAUGCAUUUUCCUGGCACGACUAUGCUGACCGAACCAUUUCGGACGCCCGUAUGCCGGUCAAGUUUGCUCUGAGAGAUGCAUUCGGACCUCGUGAUUUGCUUGAAGAUGCCAAAGAGACCUUUUACGGCACAAAGUACGAGUACCGAUACUUUGAUGCUGAAGACAACGUCAUCGCCCACGAGCAGUCCGCAUCACGUGCUGCCAGGAUGAGAGAGGGUAUGCGCUAUGGAAGAGGAGGCAAAGGAAAAUAUUGGCUGCCUGAAAGAGGACAUGCCGAUUCCAAGACUCCUCUUCUGGGUGGCAACAGUCGCGCUCGUACCAUGAGUCCUGGAGGUGGUGCCAAGUCGCCUUCACCCCAUGGCUCCUUCAGAUAUGGUGCGCAAUCGCCUCCAGAAGAGCCCGAAUUGGACGCUGAAGAAGAACAACUCUACAGCAGUGCAAGGGCACUAGAGUUUGGCGAUUGGAACUACCCCGUCAUCAACACACACUACGCCAACCAUGAGGAUAGAAUGCGAGCCGACCCGGAUAUCAUUACUGCUUCGACCAACCGCCAACUCCUACAACCAGGUAGCAAGAACUACCGCGAGAGGCGGAAAAGCAAGAUUCACAACAUCCAGAAGGAGACCCAUCAAGGAAAACAUCGUGAAAGUGCUAGCAGCAGUCGCUCCAAGGCCAAGUCGUCAAUACCGGUGAUUGGCAGUUUACUUCGACACGAAUCAUCAGAGUCGGCAGUGACGGUGAGUUCUCACAACAGCCAGCUGGUUGACCUCAUUGUGGAGGAUCACGAGGCAGAAGAGAUCGAACGUGUCAGAGCUCGCAAAGAAGGUGGACCCGCANAGACAUAUCCCGACGAAGAAGGCGCCCGCGAAGAGGUGAGGGAAGGAUACAACCCCGACCGCGUUGACCAUGUUGACGAGAACGACGCACACAACUUGAACGAACCAUUCACGGUGGGCGAUUAUGAAUCAGACCAAGAACCGCAAGACGAGCUCGAUCACGAUCAACCAUGGGAUGCUCGCGACCAUGGCAGCAAUGUCACAUCUCCACAGCCCGAGUACGGCAGCUUUAACGACGAGAGAAACGCAUGGGGAGGACGAUAG